AUGUUCAAGAUCGAGUCCAGUCAGUUAAAAACAGCUGAAAAGCUUGUAAUCCUGAACGAUCGUGCUGUUGGUAUGCUGACAAGGAUUUACAACAUAAAGAAAGCAUGUGCAGACCCGAAAUCGAAGCCUGCUUUCCUCGGCGACAAACAUCUGGAGACCGCCAUUAAGCACAUAGCCCGGAAGUUUCCUGUGGUGGACGCAAGGAUGAAUUCCACUUUCCAUCAUGUGGACACAAUGAAAGAUGACAUCAUCAAGUCGUUGGGGCUAUACUACUACACAUUUGCUGACCUGAUGGAUUUGAAGGACAACAUACUUCAGUUAUUGACGACGAUGGAUGCUUGUCAGUGUCAGCUUGAUAUCUCAUUAAACUAUGAGCUCACUGCUGGCUAUCUAAACCUAGUCGUGAAUCUUAUUUGUCUCAUGAUUUUGCUGUCACGUGUCGACGAUCGCAAAGUUGUUCUAGGACUGUUUAAUGCUGCGUACGAUUUGGCCCAUGGUGAAAGUGAGUCAUCUUUCCCGCGUUUGGGCCAAAUGAUUCUCGAUUACGAUCAUCCUCUUCGGAAGCUUAGCGAAGAUCUCGGUCCUCUUAAUCGGCUGAUAUCGUCAGCUCUCUGUUCUCUAUCGUCAGUUUACCUUCGUCGGAAUAUCACGGCAAACACUUGGAGGAAUGCUCAAAUUCUUUCACUCACAGCUAAUCCUCAGCAAAUACUCUACGCUGCUCAAACGGACACGAUAGCAUGUGAGUACCUGUCCUUGGAUGUCAUGGAUCGUUGGAUAGUAUUGUGCACCAUCGUAUGCCACUCUUCUUUAUUGAACGAUAAGAACGUCUUCCAUCUAUGGCAAAUGUCUCUUCAGAUGGGGAUUUGUCUGAGACUCUUCAGAGAUGAGAUAUUUCACACACAUCAUGAAGUCCAACAGUUUUUCGACUCUAUCAAAGGAUUUCAUAAGCGGUCACAAGAAGUGAAGGAUUGGUACUCAGUGUUUGUUCACGGCAAUGCGUGCAUUGAAGCAAAUUCAUUUCGUUCAUUAUCUGUUAACUUGUUUUUUAACGCUCCCUCUUUGAGCGCGUCUAUUCACGCCGAUCGGCGACGAUUUCUGCGUGCUGCUCUUCGCGAGCUUUGUCUCUUCAUGAAGGAUCAGCCCGGUUUGCUUGGUCCAAAGAUUCUAUUCGUUUUAUGGCUUCUGCGUCAUCUCAGUGAAUGGCCUUCGUCUAACAAAAAAGCUAGCAAACAGUGUGAUGAGCUAGUAGAUCGACAGCUUCCUGAGCUUCUUUACUACAUGCUUGAGCUGAGAGAACUUGUAGUAAAAUAUAGUGACGUAAUCCAGCGAUAUUACUUGAAGUACGUAAGCGGUUAUGAUGCCAUCAUGACUCGUGAACUGGUUUCUAUGAUAAAUGACUUAAACGAGGAUGAAGCGGUUAUUUUGUCCGAUUUCGCAUCUUCUAUCUCUUCCAUAAAUUCUGAUUCCGACCUACGAGCUUUACGUCUGGAUUGGUUCCGUUUUCAAGCAAGAACAAGUAUGAUGAGGUCAACGUUUUCGUUAUCUAAAAAUCGUAAACUUGCAAUAGUCAUGAACACCAACGUUUUUCACUUAAAAAUGAUCGAUCUGCAAGAAGAGAUGCUUAAGGAGACUAGUGAUCUCAGUAGGCAAUGGAAAAGUUGUCUUACGUUACCCUCUCAGUCGCGGUUCACCCUUUGUUUCGCAAGAAUUUGUGGACACUUCAAUGCGGCUCUUCACGACAUGUGCCCAGAGGAGAAAAAUCACAUUCUUGAAAAGUCGCUUGCUAUAUGCAACACGAUACUGGAUGAUGUCUGUCAGUCAAUCAUUAAUGUGAUGAACGCACUAUGUGAGCGCGAGCUAGCACUAGCAGAACAAACAUCACCAAGCACGAUCGCAGCAGAAAUCGUUUCACAAAUUCUUCGCACCAAAGGGGGCAAAAAUGCUGCGGUAGUUUCUGGAGUGCAAAAGGAACCAACCCAAGCUGGAGAAGAGAGCUAUCGUACUGAUAGACAAGUAUUGACUUAUGCGGACAAACUUCUAACAACACUGAGAGUUAUUCUAUUUCCUGCUGUGGAGUGUUGUUUGUUUUUCUCCAUAUUACGUCUUUGCAUGGAAAACGUUUUUGGAUACUUUAAUUUCACAGUUGAACUCUGUUCUGGUAUUGGUCAAUAUCGACAGCUUUUGGUAUCGGAUCAUUUCUUCGCACCAAGAGAAUACCUAAGUCAGCAUAUUGAGCACAGAUUCAUCGACAUUAUUUUUGCUAUGGUUACUGAGCCUGGAUCUUCCAUACCUCGGCGACCAUCGGAAUUAUUGAUGAUAAUUCAAUCCUACAUGAGCGUUCUUCAAAAUAUUGACGCCCUUGUACCUUUGGAUGUAACACGACUAUUCAACAACGUGCUUCUCCAGCAAACGCAACCUCUUGACUCACGCAACAAGGAGACAAUGACCUACAUGUAUUUGGAAGUGGUCUUACGACGUGCUUCGGCUGGCCACAUGUUAUGGAGUGAACACUUACAGGCGAUGGUCUCUAAUGGAGAAUGUAACGACUUCGCUCCGGAACAAUACACCGAUCCUCGCGGACUCUUUAAUAGAGUUCUGUGUAUGAGUUACAUUGUCACCGAGAUUAUUAUUUUUAAUAAAUUUUUAACAUUCUCACCGAGAUUAUUUUCUACCGUAUUUGGAAAUUCAAUUUUAGAAUUGCGAUGCUUGUCGCAGAUAAUAGGUCCAUAUGGAGUGAAAUACCUUGCAGAGAGAUUGACAUGGCACGUUGCAAGUCAGAUUGGUGAAUUGAACAAGGUAGUUGUUGCAAAUAAAGAAGUUCUCCACAUUGCUAGGACCCAGUUUGAUUGUAAUGAAAGAAUGAAGGAGGUUAUGCAGGCUCUCUCACAUGAUUCAAAGGAUAAGAAAGGCAGUUUUAUUUUCUGGAGUAACAAAAUCACCUAUUCAUUAUCCCUAACAAAGCUGUUUGAGGGAACAUGGAGCUCAUCUGCUGAUGCAAUUCUUCAACGAACGGCUAUUAUCGGACAGAUUUUCAGUUUCAGAGAUGCACUCCACAUGGCGUUAGAACAGGCAGGUGUAUAUCCUGUUCUCGUGGCUUUGGGAGAACUGGGAGCCGCCAUGGGCAUACAAGGUCCUAUCGAUAUUGCAUUAUCAAAUGCUGUUCGUGCUCAAAGUCAACAGAUGAAUCCUGACGAGCAUUACCAACUUAGUUGCCUUCUAUUAGUCGCAAUCGCAAUAAGUUUGCCUAAAUUGGCGUUUAUGGAAAGUGCGACGUAUAAGCCCAGUCUAAGAGCCAGUUUGAAUAACAUGCACUGCAUUCCUUUGGCCGUGAACACAGUGGCUGGGGCGUUGUUUCACUACCACGCCCGAGGUGAUAUACAUCUUAGAAUGAAAGAAUUCCUUGCGAGUUCCAAAUAUAUUGUAUUUGAGCUUGCAUCAAGCAGCGUGCUACGGAUAGCUCAGGAACAGGAUGGACGGCAGGAUGCUGUUAGCAACCAAUCCGCACUGUACGUAAUGCUUGAGCAGUUUGUGAAUAAGUGUCGAUGGUUAACUAUGGAUGUGUUGGAGGCCUGCUUUCCUUACAGUCUUGUAAGGACGGCUUACCAGCAUUGCUAUCAACAAGAAGCUGAUGCAUUCUGA